AUGCUGUCGACAAAAUCGGCGCAGUCGCUGCGGAACCUGUUCGCUGGCUACCACGAGCCGGCGGGGCUGUCGAAGCAGCAAUCCCGGAAGCUGCUCGACGGCCUAAAGUCGUCCUUCCGACACCAGCUGGACCGUGAAUAUGGCCGUGCCCCGGACCGCGCCGCUUCCCCGGCCGCCGUUUCCGAGGCCCACCACCAGAUCCGGCAUUCCGCCGCGACUCGGCACCUGAGAUCCAUCCUCUCCAACCCGCUGUUCAGCUACGACCGACAGGCCAAGUCCGCCUCGUCCUCCGUCCUGCCAGCCACCAAACGAGACCCCAUGGACGUGUUCGACCACGCGGUUGCAAAGGGCAUGAUGACGCUGAAAGCCGCGACGGGCUGCAUCCUUGCCAAGCGGCAGGUGCUCUCGAGGUCCUCCAACCCUCCCGCCAUUCCCGCCUCCGCCUCCGCUUCCUCGGACACGGCCCUGCGCGUCGUGCGGUGGCUCAAGUUCUCCGGCAGCGAGGCCAGCCUGCGGUUUCUCGAGGAUCGGGCCUUUGUCCGUGCGCUCACGCCUCUCAUCGUUGCAGAAGGCCUGGACGACACCGCGUGGGAGUGGCUCUCCCGGACCGUGUCGGAACCCAACGCCUCGUGGGGAGACGACCUGCGCGUCCGACGCGCAGCCUUCCUUCUCGCGCAGCUGGUCCACGCCAAAGGCCAGCCGCAGCACGGCAACCUCGACGCCGCAAUCACCACCAUCCUCGACGCCGAGCAGCUCUACCGCAGCAACCCCCUCCUGCCGCAGCUGCUCCUCCUGCCCUGGCGGUCGGUGUCGUGGCUGUCCACCGUCGAGUCGUACAGCCGAGCCGCCCCCUCGGAGAGGCUCUUCGACGCCCACGUCGCCACCGCGCACCUCCUCCCGCGCGCGCUCGACGUCGAAACGGCGCACCUGCAUCUCCACCAUCCCACCUGCCCGGACCACGGGCCCGCACUGCGCUUCUUCAGCGACAAGGAGAAGCUGCACAGAUUGGUGGCGCGCGGCGGCCCCCGCGACGCAAAGCGAAAGGGGAUGAGCGUGCUCCCGUGGAUAGAGUUUCUCGCCCGCGACACGGUCAAUCACCUGGCGCAGUUGGGCAAAACGCGCGAGGCCGACCACGUCACCGCCCUGCUGCGGUCCGAGCUGGCCAGCUGUGCCGUCGAUUCCCUGAGUCCCACUUGA